AUGAGGGAGAUCGCAAUCGAGUACAAAGCGAUCCUGGAGAAACAUAAGAAACGCAACGGCGCACGAGGCGCCGAAAGGGCCUACAUCGCCGACGGUGGCGGCCGGAAGGGGCAGUCGUCUAGCCGUGGCCGCGGUCGUGGCGGCCGAGGUCGUGGAGGCGGCCGCAACGGUGACCGCGGCGGUCGCAGCGGUGGCCGCGGCGGCUGCAACGGCGGGGGCGGCGACGGCGUCGAGGAGAGCAAGGGAGAUGGAAGCGGCGGCAACGGCGGCGGCGGGAGCGGCGGGGGCACGAGGUUCCCUGGCCGGUGCUACCGGUGCGGUCACGUCGGGCACCAGAUUGCUGACUGCACCACCGAGGAGGAGGACUUCAUUCCGCGUUGCGGGAAAUGCGCAGGGUGGGGUCACAAGGAGGACAAAUGUGCUACGGAGGAGGCUGUCCUGGCUCAAGUCGUGAGCUACGUGAGCGACGACGACUCCGCCACUGACCAGGCAUUCUGUGCCGUGGCACAACCCUCAGGCGAGUGUGGUAUCGUUGAUCUUGGUCUAGUGGGGGUUGAGGGACUUGGUCAGGAUGUCAUGCAGUACGUGGCUGACACGGCAGCCACGUGCUCCAUGUUCCGAUGUGCGAAUGCCUUCGUGAACUACCGGAGUGCAGCUGGCGGGAGGACCGCUGCUACCAUGCCUCGGCUGUUCGAUGUCCAAGGUACAGGUGAAACCCGUCCGAGCACAUCCACGCGCGCAAAUAUGAAGCUGUUUCGCAUAUUCCUCGACCUAGGGGGGGAAAUGAAGAUCGCAAGCAUCGGGGGAAGCCUAUACACCCUCAUAAUCGUGUGCGAUCACACGCGUUGGACGCGCGUAUUCUUUCUGAAGCGAAAAUCUGACGCAGCCAAGAAAUUUCAGCAUUUCUUGGCAGACUACCGAGCAGCGGGGGUUCCGUGUGAAGUUUACGUCGCACGGACUGACGGUGGUGGCGAGUUUCAAGGGGCGUUCGCGGAUGUUUGCCGUAAAUACGGCAUCAAGCAAGAGUUUACCCUUCCUGACACGGCCAAGUACAACGGUGUAGCUGAGAGAGCGUUGGGGGUGAUCAAUGAUGCCGCGCUCGCCGCGCGUAUCCAAGCUACGGCACUCUUCCCCGAUGCGCCCAAUACCCUUAAGUUAUGGGCUGAAGCCAUCUCUUGCGCGUGCCACCAAAGAAGCUGCACCGCCACCAUGGAUGAUGAGGAGGUCGGGGAGGGCGAGAGCAAUGAGGGCGCGUCACGUCAAGGUGGAGGGGGGGAAGAAGACUCGAGGAGUGAGUCCGACCUCGACGCAGACGACGCUCGUGGGCUGGGGCAAGCGACUCCGCUCGUGCACAUGGGGGCGCCUGCGGCACCCGGAAAUGGGAUGCAGGGGGACGAACGCGGAGGUCCCCCGUCGCCCUCUUCGGGAGGGGGUGACUUCGGCGGUGGCGAUGACCCCGCCGACAACAGCAGCAACAGCAACGACAGUAGUGGCCCCAGCGACUUCUCCAACAACCACGACGGUGACGGCAGCGAGGCCGUCGACCCCGGCAGCGAUGACGAUGGCGGCGGCGAGACAGGCGACCCCGGUGAGAAUGAUGGUGACGGCAAUGAAGGCGGCGACCCUGAGACGCUCGAGGAGUUGAAGUACGACCCCGCCGACAGCCGCUACCCGUCAGGAACGGAAGGGAAGAAAAUUCUUUGGGGAGCGUCGAGCGCCGGCCAGCUGCGCCAUGUGCUCCAGCCCAGCCGCACCCGGAAGAAGACCCGGGAGUGGCGGAGCUCCGAGGAAGAGCCGAGCGAGGCGCCAGCCCCCGAGGAGGCGCUGUUAUCAACCGUCAUGGAGACCGAGAACGGUCCGGAGAUCGUUGCGGAAUAUAUCCGCGAAUCGCUGUUGGAGGAGCGCAUACAAGACGAGCAAGCGUACCGUGAGGAGCUGAAGAAGCAGUUACACCGCACCCGGAAGAAGACCCGGGAGUGGCGGAGCUCCGAGGAAGAGCCGAGCGAGGCGCCAGCCCCCGAGGAGGCGCUGUUAUCAACCGUCAUGGAGACCGAGAACGGUCCGGAGAUCGUUGCGGAAUAUAUCCGCGAAUCGCUGUUGGAGGAGCGCAUACAAGACGAGCAAGCGUACCGUGAGGAGCUGAAGAAGCAGUUACAGUACGAUCUAGUGAAGGCGCUCCAUCCUGAUGCAGGGGAGCUGGAGCUGGCAUUCAGUGCAAACGAAAAGGACAACGGGUCGCCGCAAACACUCCUUGACCCAGAGCUAAGUAUUCCCUCGCCGAUCGGGCAGAAGCCGAACGAUGUAGAGGCUGUCCCGCUCACAUACAAAGAUGCGAUGGAUCCCAAAUACAAGGUGUUUCGGGAAGCGGCGAUGAUGAAAGAGAAGGGUGGUCUAGACAUGGCGGGGACUUUCACGAAAAUUGGAAAAUUUCCCGAGGGGCGGAAGGCAGUGAGUUCGAAGUGGGUGUUUUCGUACAAGACGAACGAGAAGGAUUCCGGGGUAGAUUUCCACCACUCAGCUUCUGCAUGCCCGUCUACGACGUCCAUCAAAACCAUGGUUGUCGUAGCCACCGAGAAGAAACAUAAGAUGUUCCACUGGGACAUUAAACAAGCGUACAUUCACGCUAAGCUCAAAGAAGAGAUUUUUAUCAGGCUUCCCCAGGGUUGUGCCACCGAGAAGAAACAUAAGAUGUUCCACUGGGACAUUAAACAAGCGUACAUUCACGCUAAGCUCAAAGAAGAGAUUUUUAUCAGGCUUCCCCAGGGUUGUGGUGACAUGUCUAGCAAGGUGUGCAAGGUUGAGCGUGUACUGUAUGGCCUGAAACAAAGCGGUCGCGAGUGGGGGUUUGAAGCUGCUGAUGCCCUCAUCGCGAAUGGGUACGAGCAGUGCAGGGCUGACCCGUACGACAUUUUGUUGGUGGCGUCCGAGCAAGAGCGUCAAGAGUUGCUUGCUUCCCUCCAGGAGAAGUCUCCGGUGAAGGAUUUGGGAGAAUGUACGUGGUAUGAUGGAAUUGGCAUUGAGAUGGACCUAGAGAACGGCAUCACCAAGUUGUCCCAGACGGCAUACAUCGAGAGCAAUCUGAGGGUCAUGUCUUACCUCAACGCCACGAAGGACCUGAGCCUCACCUAUGUGCGGGGGUCAGGGCUAGAUCUAGGAGGGUGGGUCGAUCCCAGCUACGCCUACGACGUUGUUGACAGGCGUUCGACGACGGGACUAGCCGUAACCGUAGGUGGUAACACGGUGAACCGAACCACAAAGACGCAGCGUGUGCCGGCGCAGCCAUCCUCGGAGGCAGAGUAUCUAGCAGCCGGGGAGGGAAUGAAGGAGGCGUUGCAUGUGCGUGCGGUUCUGUCUUUCGUAGCGCCUGAGACGAGUGGGGCGAAGAUCAAGGUCCUUGAAGACAACAAGGGAGCUCUUGCCCUGGUGCAGAACCCCUUCAGCUCGGCGAGGAGCAAGCACAUCGACGUGCGGUACCACUUUAUCCGCGAGCUCUUCAAGUCGGGGAAGAUCACCGCAGAGUAUGUCCCGACGGAAGAGCAGCACGCCGACAUGCUGACCAAGGUCCUUGGUAGGACCAAACUGGAGUACCACCGGAAGGCCCUGAUGAACCUCCCGGAGUAG